UGAGAAAUUUGUAAUGUAUAUAUCUGUCACAGUUGAUUUUGGUGAGAAAACACCAUAAUUAAACAAACUGGACUUUUCUUCAUCAAAAAAUAAGAGCUAUAACAACUGAAAUUAAUAAAAUGUUAUUGUAUAAUUACUUGUCAGUUUUCCCGCAAAAUAUCCGCCAUUUUUCACACACAGAAAUGUCAACAUCACUUAAUAUUCAGUUGGCUAAAGAUAAACAUUUAAUGAUUGACAUCACAUGUGCGAUGCAAAUUCUUGACGUUAAAACCGAAAUCUCAAGGAAAACUGGCCUAAAUACUGAUGAGUUUGAUUUAAUUUUUUGUGGAAAGCUUUUAUCUGCAGAGGCGUCCUUGAAGGACUUGAAUCUUGGUCAGGGAAGUGUUCUUCACUUAUAUAGGGUUGGUGUAGUGGGACAGGCAAAGCCGUUACUGUCAGUGCGUCAGAAAGAUGAUACAGAUAAGAAGCGAUACCAGUAUUAUGUGUACUGUAAAAAAUGUGAUGGUUUAUUUCCCGGCAAGUUGAGAGUUAGGUGUUCAGAUUGCAUGCAGGGUGCAAUUCUUUUAGACAAGGAACCAUGUAACUGGGAUGAUGUACUGUUACCAGGGAGACUCAGUGGUCACUGUACAACUUGCAAUAAAACCAGCACUGCUCAAUUUUACUUUAAAUGUUGUGAACAUGACGGAGAGGAAGAAUGUGUACCAUUAAAGUAUAUACGUCCCAAUAGACGCUGUGUGGAGUGUGUUACCUGCACAGUAGACAGAGACAUGUUAUUCGUCAUAAGUUCCCUUAGGUAUCGUGCAGGACAAACAUGUAUCUGUGUAGAAUGCUUCAAAUCUUACGCUCGGGUUUCACUGGAUCAGAGAUCAUUCAUUGAGGAUGCUAACAUUGGAUAUUCUUUGCCUUGUCCAGUUGGUUGUGAAGAUUCUCUGAUGGAUGAUGUACACCACUUCAAACUGCUGGGAAAUAAACAGUAUGAACGCUACAAAGACUUUGGUGCUGAGGAAUGUCUGUUACAGUCUGGAGGUAUACUGUGUCCAAACACUGGCUGUGGAGAGGGUAUCAUAGUGGAAGAUGAUGCAAGAAAUGUGCAGUGUAGAACCUGUCACCUGGAAUUUUGCCGGCACUGUACACGGGAGAUUCACAGUGGAACUUGUCAGCCGGAUGAUGCCUCAGCUCGGGCAACUACGACAUUAAAUGUGGAUUCAGAGAGAGCUUUGAGGGCGAGAUGGGAAUCUGCGUCUAUGGAAACGAUACAGGAAACUACAAAAUCCUGUCCACAUUGUUCUGUCAAAACAGAGAGAAGUGGAGGUUGUAUGCACAUGAAGUGUAGCAGAUGUAGUAAGGACUGGUGCUGGCUCUGUGAGAAGGAAUGGACUAGAACUUGUCAAGGUGAUCACUGGUUUGGAGAGAUAGGCUUUGCUGAAAGAAGCUGAUGCUGUGGUAUGGACUGAUAGAAGCUCACCACAGAGCAAGGUCAGAAUGUAUUACAUAACCAGUUUACCUGGGAUAACUGUGAGGGUUGAAAUUGUAAACUUAGAAAGUUUGUGAACAUUCUGGGAACAAUUCUACAUAACAGUGUGUUACGUUACAGCAGCAGGUUGAGAUAUCUGUGUCUCGGUUUCUCAACGACAGUUGGAUAUAUUAAUGUAUUCACAUAUCAGUCAAAUUUUCCGACCAGUGUUACUGUAUUUAUGUUUCGGUGUAGAUCCUAUGUUCCUUAACUGCUGUGGAAGGAAUUCUGAAUAUUCAUGUUUUUGAUAAUACUGUUUUCUGUAUUUCAUUGGCUGAACAGAAAACUGUAAUAUCCCCUUCAUUUAAUUUAUGUUGCAACAGUUUUCUGCUCAACUCUUUAAGUAUAAAGUUUUUUGUGAUACUUUUAAGGGAUAUAUCUUUUUAGUGGUAUAUAAUAAUGUAUCCCUGAAUGGCUUUUCUAUAGAAUCUUUUUUAUGCCCCCGGCAUCUACUGAUGCGGGAGGCAUAUAGUGAUUGUCCUGUCUGUUCGUCUGUCUGUACGAGGUUAACCAAAUGGGACCAUUUCGUCUAGCAUCAAUACCUCUUACUAGAAUUACUUGAUACUAAUGCAGAUGUAACCUGUGACCAUUCCUCAUCUUCAGACAUCACCUGACCUCAGUUUGACCUUGAAUUUGGCCUCGUUUUGGACUUAGGUUGCUUUGUAUCGACAAGGAUGCCACCGGGGGCAUCAAGCGUUUAUUGAACGCAGCUCCUUGUUUAAUCUAGUAUAUUCUGAAUACAGUGAGUGGCGAUUGUGAAUGGUUUCUGGAUUCAGUUAUUUGUAACUUGUCUAUUUUUAAUGUAUACAUUAUGUGUGUGUUUUGUGUUAACAGUUAUAUACACCAAAGGUUGCCGUUUGUGAAUCCCAACUUUUCAUGUUCUUUUUUAUGAUGAAUUAUAUUUUGAAAACGUU